AUGGUAUCAUUAUUCAAGCAAGACUAUCUACGUGAACUUAAUGAGACGAAACCCCGAAAUCUGCCACUGAACCAGCUGUUUGUUGGAAAUCCGGGAAAAGGCAAAACUACUGCUCCUGCGUUAUAUGGAAGGAUACUGGUGGAUCUGGGGCUUUUGAGCAAAGGAGAUGGCAAGCUUUUCUAUUAUUUAGGGCUAGAUUGUGGAGCCUGCGGUGCUGUGAAUGUCACUGAUGAGCCUUUCACGUCGAUUUCAGGCGGAAAACCAGUCCGUUUUGAAGAUUUCAGUUUUGCGCGACUGGAGCAAAUCUUACUUUGGAAGAUUAGCCAGCAAGAAACUGCCUGUUCUUCAGAUGCAAUACAAGUUGCCAAAGAUAUGCUGGAGCGAGCUUUGACACGUCCUAACUUUGGGAAUGCUAGUGAGGUUGAAAGGUGUUUGUCCAUAGCGAAGUUGAACUACGAGAAACGGCAAUAUAAAGCUGUUGGUUGCGAGGAUGCAUCACAAGAUGAAGAAUUCUUGCCUGAGGACUUCGAUCUAGAACAUAAACACAGACACAUCAAUUGUCAUGAGCUACUGGCAGAAAAGCUGGACGAUCAAAUCAUUGAGCCAAUUUCCAGUUUCCAUGUUUCCUAA